UUCAUUGUCUGUGGUAAUCAACAUAACCUCAAAAAUCGUGGUAAUAAAAUUAUGAAAAAUAAUAGUAGUGAAACAUACGUUUUUGGAAAAGAUACUUGAUCACUACAAAAGCAAACGUUAUUUAUUAAGUGUUCAUCGAAACCACUGCAUAAAAUGAAAAUCUCAGAACUACCCGGUGAUGAAGAUUCUGGCUUAACUUGCCGCACAUACGUUUUUCAAAAUGAGAGCCACACUUUAGGAAAUGCUUUAAAAUGUAUUAUUAAUGGAUAUGAAGAAGUAGAAUUUUGUGGCUACACAGUGCCACACCCAGCUGAAGCCAAAAUGCACUUCAGGAUACAGACAAGAAAGACACCAGCGUUAGAAAUACUGAAACGAGGGCUAAAAGAUCUUCAGAAAGUUUGUGACCACACUAUGGAUCUGUUUGAAAAAGAAGUUUAGGAAUUUAAUAAAAGUUCAUAAUAAA